ACAGACGUGUAUUUAACUUGACAGUGAUGUGAGUCUGCGCUCGCUCUCACUUGGUUUCCGUUUGAGCGAUAAGUCACUAAUGAAUUCAAAGGGAGAUGUCAUCCGACUUAAAGUUAAACUUCGGAAAUUGUCAACAAUACCCAGUGAUGGGUAGCGAAUCGGGCAUGUUCCCUAUCGAUCAGGGAGGAGAGUGGGAUCUUAGCCUGUUUGAUGAACUGGAUGACCUGGGGGAUGCAGAUGAGCUGCUUGAGGCCCUCGAAAGCGGUGCCUAUGCAAAUGAAGGUCAUCUGGAUUUUGAUAUCGAUAUUCCUCCUUGGAGUGAAGUGGACACAAGCAGCACCUGCACAGAUGGUGAGGUGAAUGUGGACUCUCUGUCUCCUUCCCACACGCUGAGCUCCGUCCCCUCUCCUGCUUCGGUGGAAGCUUUGUCUCCAUCGUCCUUACACGAUGAGCCAUUGUCCCCUCAGUCACGGCUUUCCCCAGUUUCAGUUUCGUCCGAGUCCAGUGGUUUUUCUGAAGUCUCUCUGCCACCCAAGAAGGUUGCAAAGAGGAGCACUCAAUGGACAAGAGCUAAACCUGCUCAGCCUGUAAAGAGGUCAAUUCAGAUGGGCUCACAGAUCUCCAUCCAGCCCAGACCAUUGAUGGCAGCCAUGCCUUUGGCUUCAGCAGCAACAGCAGCUUCUUUGCAGCCCAAGACGAUAAUCAUCCAGCCUCUGCAGACCACUGUGCUGCCUGUUGUCAAGCCGGCUCCAAUCAGCAUCCAACCAGCACCCCCACCAGGGAGUCCUAUAGUGCUGUCCCAGGCGAGCCAGCUUCUCCACAUCCAGACACCACAGGCCGUCUCUGCUAAUGUGGUUGCUGUGCCAACACUCAACCAGGACAAGCAUGUUCCAGUAGCUGCUCCCCCGCUGGUUUCUGUCACGCUUCGAGCCCCUUCCUCAGACGACGACUCCAGGCUGUCCCAGAAGCAGCAACGCAUGAUAAAGAACAGGGAGUCGGCAUCGCUCUCUCGCAAGAAGAAGAAGGAGUAUCUGCUCUCACUGGAAGCUCGUCUGAAAGUUGCGCUGUCUGAAAACGAGGCGCUCAAGAGUGAGAACGGCAACUUGAAGAAGCAGCUGGAAGGCCUGCUGAGUCAGAACUCAGUUCUUAAAGCAACCGCACCCAAGAGGAGAGCGGUGUGCCUCAUGGCGGUUCUGGUGUUCCUGGUGCUAAAUGUGGGACCAACAAGUUUGUUUCAGAGGGGCUCCUUUUCCAACCUCGACGUUGCUCCCAUGCAUCACAGUGGCAGACACCUCCUGGAUUUCUCCGAAUCCGACGUGGUGGCAGGUCCGGAGCUCACCAGCACGCCCUCAGAGACCCCAGACAGAUCGGAGGAUAAGGCACUGAUGGUCGUGAAAAGUCCCGACUUUCUCAGACCUCCUCCCCCCUGCCAGCCUUCUGUCAACAGGACCAAGUGCAUUGAGUUGGCUCAUGAAUUGAGGGGCUGGGUCCACCGUCAUGAAGUACAGCAGACCAAAACCAGACGCAUGAGUAACACCAACCAUAAACCCAUCAGAGACAUCCUGCAGAAAACGGACAAAAAGGAAGAUGAAAUUGUCCAAAUUGUCACUGUCCCGUAUGGAGAAAACACAGAGAAAAAAAAUUCAGGGAGUGAGCUGCAGGUGUACUACGCACGUCAGCACAUCUACAGUGACUUCUUCGAUGAGCUCAAUCGCCGCCCAGACACUUUCUACGUGGUGUCUUUUCGAAGGGAUCAUCUUUUACUUCCUGCCACUAACCACAACAAAGGAAGUCGACCCAAGAUGUCUGUUGUGUUGCCAGCCAUGAACAUUAAUGAGAGCAUCAUUAAAGACAAAGAGUUUGAGGUGAUGAUGCAGAUCGACUGUGAAGUCACCGACACCAGGAUCCUCCACAUCAGGUCCUCCAGCAUCCCACCGCUGCUGCGGGUCAACCAGACGGAUACAUUCUACCAACACUCGCCGCCAGACGGCAAGGCUGCGCCUCCGGUCGGAGUGCUGAUGGGCUCGUCGUAACGUCACCCUGACCUCCAGUCGUCUUCGCGACUCCUCAGCGAUCGGGACAACCCAAGACAACGCCUCACUUUAUGAUUAUUUUCAAUAGCGAAGGAUAAACUCUGCGAGCUCCCACAGAUUUUGUAUUUGUGACUUUAAAUGAAGGGAAGGCAUUUUUCAGGAUUGCACCACGUCAGAAUAGAUCAAAAGCUCAGAGCAGAGGCUGCCUCCUUGGGUGGCAACGCCGACUCCCCCCUCCGGCCCCACACAUCCAUAUCAGGGUAAUUGUUAGUCUGCAGGGAGCCGAGCAUUGAACUCUGAGUCACCCCAUCAUCGUCACACAAGUAUUUCUAUUCCUAAAAGCUCUUUAAAAUUUUUCUCUUUUGUUUUUGACACAGUGAUGUUUGGAGACAUAAAAAAAAAAAAAAAAACUAUUUGAUGUUGGUGUUUAGAGGCACAACAGGUUCAGUUUUUAUCUAACAGAAUGUGCUGUUAAAUUUUAAUAUUUUUUAUUUGUAAAAUAUUAAGAUAUCGCUGUUGCAUUCACAACAGAAAAACAUUCAGUAAACUCAGGAAUUUGAAUUAUUAUUUUAUUUUUUUUAUAUUUUGCAUUAAUCUACCUGGCUUUAAUUUGAAUAUUUCAAGUGCUCUAUUUGCAGCCAUGAGUAAUUGUAUUUUUUUUUGUUUUGUUUUGGGGUUUUUUUUUGUUUUGUCUUUGCACCGUCUCAUGGUCAUGAACAGAUACCAGUACUGUACAUAUUUAUGUCUAAAUAUUAUGUAACAGUACACAUUCUUGGUUCCAUGUUUCUUGCUUAGUUUUGUUUUUUGUGUCAAAAUUAUUAUUUUGUGUCAUUCUUUUUUUUUUGUUCCUCUCCUAUGUGUUUUGUUUUUUCCCAAACUGAUUUGUCCUAAAUGAUUUAUCUUAUUUAAGAUUAACGGAGAUCUAGAGAAACAAGACAUCAUUUUAUUUUUUGUCAGUUUAUUUAAAACCUAAUUGAAAAAGGAGAAAAGAAAUAUAUUUAAAGACUUCUUCAGUCUUCAUUUUGUUUUUAUUUUUACUUAUACUAAAAUUAAACCUGCUGGAUUUUUUGUUUUUGUUUUGUAUAGUUGUAUCCACAUACAUAGAUGCACUGUACAUACAGAAUAACAUUCAGUUUUGGCUUUAAAUACCUUCAAACCUUUCUGGGCAGGUGGUUCUUCUCCUAAUGAAACCUUCUGUUGCUUUGAUAUGAAGUGAUGAGAAUGUAAAUUGUCCUUUGUUUUCUGUUAUCCAGGACCAGGUUUUGUAUGGUGAUAUAAAAUAAGUAUAUACCUGUCCAAAAGCGUGUUUCUAUUAACAAUUGAUGGUUUAACAUAAACUAUCUUAAACUGUAAUAAGAUACAGUUUAAGAGACUGCAUCUUAUUUUUAAGAUAGUCAUUUUUGAUUCACCAUUCAAAAAAUGUGCAAUUAUACAUGUCUGAGGUUUUGUCUUUGUAUGUGUUUCAAAUAAAAUAAACACUGGAUUUUCUUUAAAUAUG